AUGUUCAUUGCCUCACUUGCAAGUCUCCUGAUAAUGCAUCAAAUGAUUACCGUAGAGUCAUAUUAUGGAUAUCCACCUCCACUUCCACCUCCAUGGUGGCACCAUCCACCUCCACCAUGGCGUUGGUACCACCCUCCACCAUGGAUGAUGUUGAUAGUCGCAUUUAUCCUUCUAGCCGUGCUUCUACCAACAUCUCUUGUGGAGGCACGACCUCAAUUUGGAAUGGGAUUUGGAGGACCUAUGGGAUUUGGCGGGCCUGGAUUUGGGAUGCCUCCACCUCCUCCUCCCCCACCUCCUCCACCACCUCCUAUGUUUGGCUAG